AACAGGCGAUGUUAUGAUUAGCUCAGUAAUUUGUACAGAACUCAAAUGUCGAUGAUGAUAUUGAGGUUUUUAGGGACUUUUAUGUAGGGUGAAAACCUAUCUAAUGUUGUUUAGCAGCGCUUGGAUGGGUUUUAUUGACGCUGAAAAGAGAGGCAAAACUACCUUACCCGUCAGCCCCUUGGGUUCGGGUUUCUAGUCACCUGGUGGUCAGUGUUGUCGUCCCACUACUCUGCCGCUGACUGGCUGAAGUCAAACAGCUCCAAUCUGUCUGCUGUCACCGCGUAUCCAACACGACCUGAGCUCCUCACACCGGACUAGUCUUCUGCGAUGGGAAUACUGAGCCGAGAGUAACUGCUGGAAGGACGACGUUUUCCUCAGCGGUGAAAAUUCAUCAUGAUGUCUAUGACGUUUUACGUGUCAAGCAGUGUACAGUUGCUGUUUGACUUCUGGGACGUGAACAACCCUGCAGGGAUGGUGCUGUCCGUGUUCGUCGUCUUGCUGCUGUCGUUUUUCUACGAGCUGCUUAAAGUGUUCCGUCAGUCGAUGAAUUUGCCUCAGAUGGCGCCACUUCGGACUCCAUACAAGGUACCGCCAUCCUGCAGCAGUCCAGAGAUGCAUGGCACCACCUCAGAAUCCUCGUUGGCUCCUAUAGAGACGGGUCUGACCACUGCCGACCCCAAGAACAGCUGGUUGACGCACUUCGUGCAGACGAUACUCCACAUGCUGCAGGUGAUUCUGGGCUACCUGCUGAUGCUCUGCGUCAUGUCCUACAACACCUGGAUCUUCCUCGCCGUCAUCGCUGGCUCAGUACUCGGUUAUUUCAUAUUAUUUCCUCUGCUGGAACGAAUGCAACAGCGUGGAUACGUCUGACUAACAUAAGACAUUUGACUGUGUUUCAGUCACUAGUUCUAAAUGCCAAAGUAAUUUUCUAACUCAUUUGAAGAUGUAAGUAGAAUGUGUCAUGUAAUAUUAAUUGUUUGAUUUAAAAGGGGAACACCAGUAUUUUAAACUUGGGCUCUGUUUCUAAAUGUUUUUUGGUUCUUUUCAUUUGGGACAAAAGCUAUUUCAAUAAGUGCUCUAUUGGGUUUUGAACACCGAUAUCUCAAAGGGCUAACCACCUAUAUAAUGUAAUUGUAUGGGGUGAGCAAAAAACAGAGUGAACUGCUUGUUGUCACCUAUGUCAUGAGGAGCGUCACUGUGGCAAUGAUCAUGUACAUAUGUACCUCACAAUAAAUGUUUUAAAGCUACAGUUAGCCACUUACUUUAACCUCCCGUUGUCUGGUACUGCAAGCCUCUGCUGAGGUGUUGCAAGUUGAUGGUGGAAUCAGUUGCAUAUUUUACUCUCUGAUGAGCCUCUGAGUGCUACCAGACACUUCUAUUGACAUUUUUCACCUGUUUGGUGGAGACAAGAAGCGGCUUUCAGCUUGCCCCAUACCGUUACACUGUGCGUUUUAGCCUUUUUGCAUUUUAAGUGAGUACUAUAGCAGUUAAACCACUGUUGUCCCAAGUGAAAAAAUAAUCCCAAAAAACAUCUAAAAAUAGAGCAAAGCUUGGAAAUAUUUCAGAUUUCCCCUUUAACCUGAUUUUGGGAAUAUUAUUGUUUUUACACAAAAUCUGUUGUUUGUUUUUUCUUAACUUCUUUUCAUUGUGUGUCUGAACUUUCACUCACUGAUGUCCAAAGUUUUAAAUACCUCCUGUGUAAUACACCCAAUUUCUCAUUUUCAUAAUGUGAUAGAAUGAUCAAAUUCUAUUCAGUAUAUCUGUAUUAAAUAGCCAUUAUGUCCUGUGAGCUUUUGGCUUUUUCAAGGCUCAUGUAAUAGGCAUUUAUUUCUUCAGAAGACAAGAAGGGAGUGCUUCUUUUUUUUUACCGAAUACCUAGUUAACAUUUAGUAGAUUCAAAGAAAGCAAAAUUGACAUUUUAAUUGACCACUGCAGAAUAAGAAAUCAGCCUUUCGUGACAUUAACCGUAAUUUUUGCAGGUACUGUAAUGCUUUGAUUAUUGUGCAACACUGUUUUACGCACACACACAGAGGUGUUUUUAGACACUAAACUGUCCUGUUUAUUCUAACUCCAUUUGAAUCAACUACAUAUUUUAAAUAAUGAACGCUGACUCUUUCCUUUUUUGUGGUGUUGAUGAAACUUGCAGUUGAAGCAGAUCACUGCAGGUUAAGGUCACAAGAUGCACUUUGAGGAAUUGACUCAAACACAUGAUUUGUAUUUUUUACCUUGUAAAGGCCUCUGACAGGUCACAGAAAUCAUUUACCAACUACACACAGCUAGAAUGUGGUAAACUAUUGUUAUAACUGAUUUUGAGUGUGAGAACCAUAUAUUGUAAAGAAAGUAAAAACAAAAAAACCAAAAACAAUUUAAGAUCUGAGUUGAAAUGACACUUUCAACUUUUGAAUAAAACUACUGAUUUGUACCAACUAA